CGAGAACAGGCGUUUUUAAAACCACGUGCAGCCGCCGUGGGAAGGGAAACACCCCGCUGUUUACAGGCUGAAGACAGAGCUGCGGUGCACAGGGAUGGAUUUAAGCAGAUGAUAGCUGACUGCAUGAGAGAUGCUGCAGGAGAAGGUUUCAGCUGUGACGGAUGAACGUACGAGCCGGGUCCAGACCGGCGGGGAGACAGAUCUCCUUCCGGACCAGUCACGACUGGGUCUGCCCACAGCUCCCACCAUUUCCAACUCCAAUGAGCCCGACCAGAGCAUUGAGAACAUUAAGGUCGUUCUUCAUGAGAGGGAGCUGUGGAAGAAGUUCCAUGAGGCCGGCACAGAGAUGAUCAUUACUAAAGCAGGCAGGAGGAUGUUUCCUAGCUAUAAGGUAAAAGUGACCGGGAUGAACCCUAAAACCAAAUACAUCCUACUUACUGACAUUGUCCCAGCUGAUGACCACCGCUACAAGUUCUGUGACAACAAGUGGAUGGUGGCUGGCAAGGCCGAGCCCGCAAUGCCGGGCAGACUGUAUGUGCACCCCGAUUCUCCCGCCACAGGAGCUCACUGGAUGAGGCAACUGGUGUCGUUUCAGAAGCUCAAGCUAACAAACAAUCACCUUGACCCUUUCGGGCAUAUCAUCCUGAACUCUAUGCACAAGUACCAGCCCAGACUACACAUAGUCAAAGCAGAUGAAAACAACGCCUUUGGAUCCAAGAACACUGCCUACUGUACUCAUGUCUUUCAUGAGACAGCCUUCAUCUCAGUGACAUCUUAUCAAAACCACAAGAUUACUCAGCUGAAGAUAGAAAACAAUCCAUUUGCCAAAGGAUUCCGGGGUAGUGAAGAAGGAGAUCUGCGUGUUUCAAGGCUACAGGGGAAAGAAUACCCAGUCAUUUCAAAGAACAUGGUUCGUCAGAGGUUUAUCUCCUCACACAGUCACCUAGCAGGGAAGCUCGGAGCAGGAGUUCUCACGGGGCACCCUCAAGUCCUGUCCUCUUAUCAGUAUGAGACCGGGGUUCCUUUGUCUAACUCUGACCCCCAAGAUCCUAUCGCGAACCACUUCCCUCAGAGCAGAGAUUCCAGCCUUCUGUACCACUGCUUCAAACACAGAGAUAAUGCCCGACACUUGGAGCUUGGAUGUAAGCGGCCAUAUCUGGAGACAUCUUCUGCAGUCUCAGAGGAGCAUUACUUUCGUCCAGCUCCCUCUUAUGAGUCGCCCUUACUAUCUCACCCGUACUGCACUGAGGCAAUCACCUCUAGAGAAGCUUGUAUGUACGGUAGCAUGGAACCAGAGCCUGGAUCUGGAGCAGGAGAUACAGAUGACCUGACCAACACCUCUUCAAUAAAUUGCAACAUGUGGGCAACAAUGCAGCCCUACCCUCGUUAUAGCGUGGAGGGUGUACCGUACCAGCCCUUCACAGCUCACUUCACCAGCGCUGCCACCGUCACGCCGGUUGUACCGCACACCACAUCAUCCAUGGCGUCACGGCCACAGGUUGACCUAGGGGUCUACAACUCAACUACGGUCCAGCGAGGUCUGCCCGUCGUACCUCCUUCAUCUUCCUCUUCGUCCUGCUCUCCAGCUGCUCUGGGAUCCAGAGAUAGGUCAGGCCAUCCACCUCUGUACCACAAGAAGCCAGGGUCACCGCUCCGACCUCACAGAGAUUUCUCAGCCUAUCCCACACAAGGCACUAUAUCCAUUCGGGAUCAAUCUUAUCAGUACCAAGUGGGCCUGAGUAGCGCAGGGACUCACUGGACUGACAGCUAAUGUGGACCACUGGAAGAACCAGUUUUGUCCAGUGUGUCAAGUCUGAAAUGAAUCAAGGUUCAAUACCCCAGUGUGGGCUGCCGACGCCAAGCAGUGAUGAUGAACUACAGUUAUGAUCACUGCCAAACUGCACUUCAAAGCCAUUUACGUCCAUGAAUUCUCAUUGAAGCACCAACGCUGUAAGUGGUGAACUGUAGCUCCACUUUACUUAUGAAGAUGUGUAGCAUACGUACUAGCCUGUUGUCAGAAAACGUGGUUUUCUAACACUGAAAUGCAAAGUGCAGGUUUGAGCAGCACUUCAAAGUCUAUCAAAGGGUGCUGUAAGAGCACAAGUAUGUGUUGUGUUAACGUAACAGCUACCCAAGUAGUGUUAGCUAUGUAACCUGAAGUAACAAUGACAAUAAUUCUCCAACAUACAUAAGGGAAAAUUAACGAUGGCUGUGCUUUCUCUUGAAAAGAAUAAGAAGCCUAGAUAUGUAAAAUAUGUGUGCAUGGUGGCCUCCCAGGGAAAUCUGAGCACUGAGGUUUUUAUCAUUACUUACAGAGCUCCACCUAGAUAGAGCUUGUCUAAAGAAUAAUGCUGCCGUUUUUGUAUAUUUUUCUUAUUGUCCACAAAUCUAAUGAAAAGACCAAAACCAACAGUGCUUUAGUCCAUCUCUCAAUACCUUCUUACUUCCCUACCCUGUCUGCAUCACUCAUCCCCAAGCUUAUUAGUUCAGACUGAAAAUUCAAAAGUGGUAACAAAUAUAACAUUUUACUAUCAAAAAAGUCUCCUAUAACAGCUAGGCGCUAGUGGAUUUGUUGGGGACUAUUUUCAGUUGCUGAUAAUGAAGCAAAGCCGUGAGAUAGUGAGAUAGUUCAGGCAGUCAACUCGAGCCUGCUGCUUCACCUGGUAUAGCAACUUACCCUUUCAACUGUGGUGCUGUAUUUAUUCUAAGGUGUCAGAGCUCUGCUCACUUUUUUGCUGCCACACGGCUCACCUGAAAGCUAUGCUGUCACUUAUGACGACUGCUGUUCAUAUAGUAUUUAAAAACCAUCACCUCCACCCCAGCAUCCACCUGUAGGCUAUGUUCUAUUAGGAUGUUAUUGUUGUCGUGUGAGUUGACUGACUAAAAGAGACAUUUGGUGGGCUGGUGAGUAUCAGUAAAGUAGCUAAAGUAAAGUAGUAAAGUAGUUCGUGGUAAUAAAGGAACAUAUCAACCUGUGUAACGGUGUGGCUCAUUCAUGUGAAGGAUCAAUACAUUAGGUCUUUUCAUGGGAUUUGUUGACAAUAACAAAACAGCGAAAAGUUAGCACGGCUAAGCUCUUUUGAGUUGUAAUUAUUCACGUGCCAAAAUGAGAUUUGCUACAACUUGAUGGAUAUAGGGUAAAAGUGCAGUCCACUGCAAAGUGAGACUGAUCAUAUCAGAAAUUACAUUGUGCAUACACUAAGAAUUGUAAGCUAAAAGACAUUAGCUGUGUAUGUCAGUCUUUCCCCAUGAUGUAUACACAGAGCAAUUAAAUCAAGUGGAAGGUGCACCAAACAACCUCCUAGUUUUUAGUGUACGGGUCUAAUCCAAAUACUUUCUACAGAUCUAUGUUAGUUGCGUGAUACUAGCACUCAUCUGAAGAAAACAUGUUGUGAGUGUGAGAGUAAGCCAUACUACUGUGGUUGGUCGUUAAACCUUGGCUCUUAACUCAUGACUCCAAACAAUAUUCUAGUGAAACGGGACAGCAAAGGACUCUCAGGCAGAACCAGAUGGGAGCUUAAAGAACUCUUGUUAGGCCAUGGUGAGUACCGGAAAAGAGAGCUGCACACAAAUCCCACUUCCAAAUGACUUACUUGGAAAAAAUCCUCACAAGACUGCAAAUACAAAACAGCCUGAGCAGGCAGGGAAGCUGAAGCAAAAGGCUCCCAGGAGGCUUGCAUAGUCAAGGAAUAUUUGUAGGAUCUGAUGGUGAUCCCUCAUGGAUUUGUGCAUUGUCCCUUUAUUUCAUGUUGUUAAAUUCAAUAUAACAUUUUUGAAUAUAUUGACA